AUGAUUUUUAGAUUAGUUACCCAUGAUGGUUUGGAUAAAUUACUUGCUGGUUAUGAUGAUAAAAAAGCAUAUGUACAAUGUGUAUUUCCAUUUUGUGCUGAACCAUCUUAUCAAUCGAUUAUAUUUACUUGUUGUUGCCCAGGAUGUAUUGUAGCAGAACGGGGGCCACAUAUAUUUAACUACGAUCCAAUAUUUCUACCAGAUAAUAAACAAGGACAAACAGAUGAUAAAAUAUUUGUCGAAAUGGAUAGAAUAAUAAAAAAAACAAAUUAG